AUGGGCUGGUUUUGGGGCAAAUCUUCGCCCGACGCGGACCCGACGAAGAAUCUGGAUCCCAGCCUGCGAGAGUACCUUGAACAGGAGUCGCCGUCCAAAUAUACGCCUACAGCAGCUGGCAUAUGGCCGCAGCAACAGACGCAAUCGCAAGAGAAGAAGACUACAGAGUCAUCUAGCUCGCAAGAUCGAACUACCGAAGCUACGAGUUCUGUCCCCUCUGCUUCGCUUUUCCCAGACGGACGAUAUGCACACCUAUGGAAGGAUUACAAGACACUCGAAGAGAUCGAGGGGCCCAAUGUCUCACCGGCGGAGAAGGUAGUCGAGCAGUUUAAGCAACGAAAGGACGUGCUGAAUAGGGCUGCUUUGGAGAAUUGUUCGGAGGAGCAUGAGGAUCUAUCAUUGUGCUUCAAGAAGGGGACGUUUUCCGACAAGGUCAAGGCUAGGUUGACCAUGUGUGGGGAGCAGAAUGCGCGCUUUUCAAGGUGUUAUACUAUGCAGUCUAAAUUCCUCCAGGCUCUAGGAUAUGGUUCCUCGUUUGUAUGGGAUAUGGAAAAGGAAGAACGGAUCCAGAUGCAUGCGGACAGACUAUACCAUCGUAUGUUGGACUACGAGAGAAGGGUGGCUGAAGCAAAAGAAGAAGGCCGUGAGCCUCCCCAUCCAAAAUCACUGUUCAAGUCAGAAGCAGAGAUAGCAGCGUCCCAAGAGACUACUAGCCAGCCGGACGACGAAUGUCUCAUACCGGGUGGAGAGGGUCUGCCGGCUGGUGCGAUGCCAUAUAAGCCGCUGAAGGAGAUGACGCCACACGAGCGCGAGCUGGAGGUGCAGUCUUUGAAACAGCAGAUGGUUCAACGAGAUAUAUACAUGAAGGAGGUGACCCCGGUGCUAAGGGCCGAAGAGGCUGCGAAGAACAAACGGAGAGAGAAGUUCACCAGCUGGUUUGGAGAGACCAUCGGGAACUGGCUAGCAUGA